AAUCCGGACUCCCUUGAAAUCACAAAAAAAGGAAAACUUAUCAAUUACCAUAGAUUUUACGUUUUAGGGAGAAAUCUACGACAUUAAUGAUAGCAACUAGCGAAAUUAGGCAUCCGCAAUAUCCAUCAGAGUAAAAAGCAGCUGCAGAAAGAUGACUAGUUCCGGGGGAUUGUUGAAAAAUAAGGGGGAGAUUGUUUUCGAGUCAAAAUGGCCCGAAAUGCGCCCGAUUGUGUUGAAGCUGCUGAAGCAGGAGUCCGUGAGUCAGCAGGAAUGGCAAGAGUUGUUCUACAAUGUGCAACUUGUGAGUGUUUGGGACGACAAGGGACCGGCAAAAAUGCACGAAAGUUUGCAAGAAGAUAUCGUUACGUUCAUCAAGCAGGCACAAAGUCGCGUUUUAGCGCAUCGCGAGGACCAAGCACUGCUAAAAGCGUACAUCAUCGAAUGGCGAAAGUUUUUCACACAAAGCAGUUAUCUCCCUUUGCCGUUCUGGCAGCUGGAAAAUAGUUUGCAAAAGGGUUCCGGCAGCAGUCACAACUCGAGUAGUAAUUCAAGCAAGAAAGCAAGCAGCGCUGACGACAGUAUCGUACGCAAAUUGAUGCUCGAUUCAUGGAAUCAGAGCAUUUUUUGUAACAUAAAGCACCGUUUGCAGGAUUCCGCGAUGAAAUUAGUGCAUGCCGAACGGAAUGGCGAAGCGUUCGAUUCGCAACUCGUAAUUGGGGUGCGCGAAAGUUACGUGAAUCUUUGCUCAAAUCCCGAAGAUAAGCUCGAAAUUUAUCGAGAUAACUUCGAGGCGGCAUAUUUGCAAGCGACACAAGCCUUUUAUCGUCUCAAAGCUGAUGAGCAACUGCAAGCAAAUGGGGUACAGAGCUUCAUGCGGUAUGUAGACUUAAAAUUACGCGAAGAAGAAACGCGGGCGAAACGUUAUUUGGAGCCUGUUAGUGCGACGGCGCUCAUGCAAGCAUGUGUAAAUGUCUUAAUUGGUGAUCAUCUCCCCACACUAAUUGCUGAAUGUGCUCCCCUGAUAGAAGCGGGCGAAACAGAACGUUUGCAACUGAUGUUUCGAUUGCUGGAUCGUGUCACGGGCGGCGUCGAUCCCAUGUUACGAGACCUGGAAAAUCAUAUCGUUCAUGCGGGACUUGCGGAUAUGGUAGCAGCUGCGGAUGUCAUUACGCAAGACUCGGAAAAAUAUGUCGAACGACUUUUGGAGUUGUUUAGACGAUUCAGUACACUUGUUGAAGAAGCGUUUAACGAUGAUCCGCGUUUCUUGACAGCGCGUGAUAAGGCCUUUAAAACUGUCGUCAACGACACGGCGGUAUUUCGGUUAGAACUUCCGUCAAAUGCGACAGCGAGAGGGGUGAAAGCUGUUACGCCCGAAAGCAAAUGCCCCGAAUUGCUGGCAAAUUAUUGCGAUAUGUUGCUACGAAGAACGCCACUGAGCAAGAGAUUAACAAGUGAUCAAAUCGAGGCGCGGUUAAAAGACGUUCUGCUCGUUUUGAAGUACGUCAGCAACAAAGAUGUCUUCAUGCGAUAUCACAAAGCCCAUUUAACGCGUCGUUUAAUCCUCGAUUCGAGCGCCGACAGCGAAAAAGAAGAAGAUAUGGUCGAAUGGUUGCGAGAAGUUGGUAUGCCAGCGGAUUAUGUGAACAAACUAGCUCGUAUGUUUCAAGAUAUUAAAGUUAGCGAAGACCUUAAUGCCCAAUUUCGUGCCCAGACGACGCGACACGACGCAAUUAACAUCAAAAUCUUGAAUGCUGGGGCAUGGGCACGCAACAGCGAACGCGUUUCCGUCAGUUUGCCGCUCGAACUCGAAGACUACAUACCCGAAGUCGAGGAAUUUUACAAGAAAAAACAUUCCGGGCGCAAGUUGCAGUGGUAUCAUCACAUGAGUAACGGCACCAUUACGUUCGCCAACGAGGUUGGGCGUUUCGAUCUCGAUGUCACAACUUUCCAAAUGGCUGUACUGUUUGCUUGGAAUCAAAGACCUCUCGAAAAAGUGUCAUACGAAAAUUUGCGACUCGCUACGGAGCUUCCGGAUCCCGAGCUGCGUCGCACACUGUGGUCUCUCGUUGCAUUCCCGAAACUCAAACGACAAUUGCUUUUGUAUGAGCCGGCGGCGCAGCAACCCAAAGACUUUGCCGAACACACGUUAUUCUGGAUAAAUCAGGAAUUUGCCCUCAUUAAAAACGGCAAGCCACAAAAACGGGGGAAAAUUAAUCUCAUUGGGCGAUUGCAGUUGAGCACGGAACGCUCGCAACAGGAGGACAACCAGUCGAUCGUGCAACUCCGGAUUCUCAGGACUCAAGAAGCAAUCAUCAAAAUCAUGAAAAUGCGAAAGCGGAUCAAUAAUGCAGCGUUACAGGCUGAGCUCGUAGAUAUACUCAAAAAUAUGUUUCUCCCGUCGAAGAAAAUGAUCAAAGAACAACUCGAAUGGCUGAUCGAACACAAGUACAUGCGGAGAGACGACGAUGAUAUCAAUACCUUCAUCUACAUGGCUUAAAACUCGUUUUUUAUGUUAAAUCUCAAUAUUUAUUGUACAACUUUCGGUAACAAUUUUUCAAAAAAAAUAAGGAUUUGUUAAAUUUUUUACCAUUUAUUUGUAAGUUUUACGCUCAU